ACCAGAUGAUAUAGACAUGAUAUUAAAAAUAGUUAAGACAUCAUUCUGAUUGUAAAGUUGUUAUAGUGAGGAUAGAGGAAAAACUUUUCCGUCAUUAUGAAGAAAAAUAAAAUAAUUAAAUGGGCCUUUCUAACCAUAGCUGUAUUGUAUACACUGAUAUUUCUCUACCUCGAAUCUUCAAAUAUAUUAUUUGACCAUAAAUCCCUAAGAAUCCACCUAGCAAGACUUAAUAAGGACAACUUUUGGCAAAAUAAACCUGAAACUAAAAAUUGGUAUCGAGAUCAGAAUAACAUGAGUGCCAGAAUAGGGAAUGCAGGUAUCGUUGAGGCCCAAGUGAAUGGAAGUGACAUUGAUCAUACUCAAAGUGAAAUUAUUCAAAAAGGAAACAGUAAGAACCAACCUUCCAAUAAUGUAAAUGAUGUCCAUAAAGAUCUGAAUGAUGGUGAUGAAGAAGUGAAAGUUACAAUUCCACAUAGUGCUAAACAUAAGGAAGAAGAAGAACAUGCAAUGAUUCAUAAAGAGAACACUAUUGAUUUAAAACAAUAUAUAAAUUAUAAUCAUAUACACAAACACUUAAAUCAAAUAUUAAACCCCAUAUAUUCUGAUAAAAAAUGGUGUAAUGGAAAAUUUAUAAAAAUUGCCCAACAAAUGGCUUAUCUUAAGGAUAGUAUUAUAGAUAGAACAAAGAUCACACCAAGUGACAGAGGAGGCGAAACAAUAAAAGAAACAUUGGACCAAAAAGAAGAGCGUGAAUAUUAUAAUUUCUAUUAUGGAGCUUUUAAUAUACAAUGCAAUGCAUCUAAAAUAAAUAUGAAAUUUAAACCACUACAUUUACAAAACUGGUUCAACUAUUUGAAAAUUAGCCCUUUGGUGAUGAAGCCGAAUAUGAUCAUCACUGGAUUAACUAUUGCUAUGCUAAGAGAGGAUUAUGCUCAUCUAUACUUUACUCUCAUAGAACUGUAUGAUGCAUUCCUCAUCAUGAAGAUGUUCAACCAUACUUUUCAGAAUACUAAUUUACUGAUACUAGAUGCCCAUCCACAAGGUCAUAUGGAUGAUUUAUUGAAGAAAUUAUUCAAAACUGUCUUCAGAUUAAAACAUUUAAAAACAUUAACACAAUUUGAACAUUUAAUAUGGGGAUUUCCAAUACAGAAAUCAUCGCUGAUAAACCCCAAUGUAAAGAAUCUCAAUAAACGAUUGUACCUCGACCAGUUUAAGCGAACUGUUUUAAAUCAAUUUGGGCAGAAAUCAAACCGAAUUCCCUCUUGUCGCAACCAAAAUAUUUUAUUUGUAUGGCGUCAUGACUAUGUGGCUCAUCCACGGAAUAAAAAUGGAAUAAUCUCAAGAAAAAUAACAAACGAGAUUGAACUUCUGAAUGUUACACGUGAAAGAUUUCCCAGUCACAACAUUAUAGGCAUUCAGCUAGAUGCACUUGAUAUUGGCAAACAAUUGAGAACAAUUUCAAAUACAGACAUCUUAAUUGGGAUGCAUGGGGCUGCAUUAGCUUAUAGUAUAUUUCUACCAAUUGGCAGCACUGUUAUUGAGUUAUUCCCAAAUAAAGGGAGAAAUUGGCAUUUUGAGUACUUAGCAAAAUGGAAUAAAUGUUUCUACCAGUCGUGGUAUAACAAUGAUACACAACGGUUUGACUCUAAUGGCACUUCUAUGACAAUACCAGCUAAUGUCAUCAGAUCAGAACUGAGAAAUGCUAUUGAUAACAUAUGUAAUGAUAAACGGAGAAUCAAAAAAAUAACUGAUGAUUAAAUACUAAAUAAAGUGGAAUAUAUGUUGAA